AAUAAAUGUCUCAAGACCUCACCCUCUACUGCAACUUACUGUCUCCCUACUCAAGGGUUGUUAUGUCUGUUCUGACCCUCCUUAAAAUCCCUCAUAAAGAAAGAAUAAUGAACCCCAUUAACGGUGAGAACAAGAAGGAAUGGUACAAGAAGAUCAACCCAAAGAUGCUGAUCCCUGCUAUUAAGGACGGAGAUCACUGCAUGGGCGAAUCUGUUGAUAUUUGCAAGUACCUUAUUGAGUCAAGGAAGCUCAAGACUCCUGCCUGGCCUGUGGAUGAUAAGGAGAAGAACGAGCAGAUGGAGAAAGACCUUGUUGACUUUGAAGACCUAGGGGAAGCAACUAGGAAUGUUGCCUUCAAUUGUUUUUAUGCUAAAGUAUUAGGCAAGAAACUAGGAACUGUUGAAGAACAAAAACAAUAUAAAAAAGAUCUUUAUAAGGUUUAUGAUCGUCUGGAAGAAACACUUGGGAAAAGGAGAACAAAAUUCUUUAACUCAGACGAGCAUCCUGCACUCCAAGAUUAUCUAUUCUACAAUCUGAUAAGAGUUGUCUUUGAUAUCAAUAUGGUAACAUUAGAGAAUCAUCCAAUGAUAAGACAAUGGAUGGAAGCAUGUGGCAAAGUUCCAUCUAUCGCAACAAUCAACGUCAGAUUAGACAAAGAGAUGAAAAAGAUAAGAUUCUUGAUAAAAUGGGUCCUUCCAAUCAUGAGAUGCAUUACCUGUAAAUGCUGUUGCUAAGCUAAAAAGCUAAAAAGCUCAAAAGCCGAAACUUUUAGAAUCAGAUAUUUAA